UAUCUGCUGAGUCCACUUUAUGCAGCCCUGAAGACUGAAGCAUCAGAAGUUAUCCAAGAGUUUCAGCGUAGCAAUCAUCCACAGACUUCUGAUACUGAUGGGGGGAGCAGCAGUAGUGAUGAAGUUCCAGAGAAAAGGCUACGUCUAUCCUUAAGGCAAGCCAAGAAGUUGUCAGCAUCAGCAAACCUCGCUCCUGUCAAUAUGAAAACAAAGAGUAGUGUGUGGAAUGCUGUAAGCCAGAAAGCAGAAUCUCUGUUGCUGUUCCUGGAACAAGACAAUCUCCCAGUUGACAUUCUGGAAGCCAUGGAGGGCAUUGCUUUGAUACUUCGACUGGCUGCUCUUUGCACAGUGCACUGCACACAAGAUUUGAACAG